AUGAUUCUUAUUUUCUUAUUUUUACUAUCAUUUACAAAAUCUGAUUCUAGAGACGAUCAGAAACUUAAAGGCAUCUUAGAUGAAAUCCGCCAACUCCGAAUUGAAGUCGAAGAACUCAGAAACAUUAUUCAUAGGAAUUAUAAAUCCAACUCUAUGUUGCAAGCGCAAAAUAUAGAUUUUGGACUUGGACCACCAGCGCAACACUUUAUUCCAAAGUAA